CUCUUGACGGAUGAGCUGAAGGUUUUAUUUACCUACAUCGUGUGGGCGCCACACGCGGAACCAAACCUCGAAGGCGCCUUCCUCACAGAGUCUUCAAUCCAGACGCUCAUCGACGGUCGUUUCCACAGAGUGCCCAUCAUGACAGGAGUCACUUCCGGAGAAUCGGGUUACAAGAUAUUAAACAACACAGAGCAAAUCGAGACACUCAACAGCCGAUUCGUCGAGUCGGUGGUACCUUGUUUACACCUCCCGACUGCAGAGCAGCAACAAGUAGCAGCUCUGAAGCUGAGAGAGUUCUGCUUCGGCAACGAUACUAUCUCUACGGACGAUGGUGACUCUCUUGUGAACUUCAGAAAUGACAUGCUGUUUUUCGAGCCAACGGACGCGCUGGUGAGAAAAGUGACCGAGCUAACUGACACACCAGUGUUCUAUUACGAAUUCGACUAUCGCGGGGAGAUCGUCGGAUCUACGCACUGGGGGACGAAUCACGCUGGUGAUAUAUUUGUGCUCUUUGUGAGAGAUGAUACUGUAUAUAACCUGGAUCCAGAGUCAGAAGAAGAUCAAGUGCGCAGGAAUAUGGUUCGGUACUGGACCAACUUCGCUAAGUAUCGAAAUCCAACCCCAGAGGCGGAUCCUGUGAUCUGGGAGCCGUACGACAAUGUGACUCGUAGCUAUAUUCUGAUGCAGUCCAACUUCUCCCUCGCUCACAACAAAGACGCAGAGCGGAUGGACUUCUGGCAUCAGAACAUUCCGCUGCAACCUUACGCUGAAGACUCUUAGAAAAAUAUGGGGAGAUUCAUCGACAUAAUGCUUCCUGAGACGUCAGACGGAAUGUCUACUCCUAACUAGAUUAUAAUGUGUUCAAAAAUUAAUUAUUAUCAUUGAUUAGUAUCAUGUGAUUGCCUACUAUGAUGUUACCAAUAUGUAAA